AUCGUGGACGGAAUAACGCAAUCCGGUGGAAGAUCAGUGGUAUCUGGAAAGGAGUGCGGUGUGGGGAAACUGUGAACGUGAGAAAUUGGCACACACUGCCAGCGGUGCGAAGAAACUAUGUACAACACAUCCAGAAUUUCCAGCACAAUAUCCAAAUAAACAAGUCACGCAAGUGCCGCAAUAUCACACUAAUUGCGGGCAGAACAGAUUUCGAGUAUCCGCACAGAUUGGCCAGGGAUUAAUUAUUGGCGUGCCAUGAGUUAUUGACGAUCACCGAACAUCUCCGCGGGUAGGCAAUCGACCGGAGGAACCGGGGGCGGAGGAACCGAUCGCCAGCCGGAGCCAGCCGAUCAGACUCGGACGCACCACAAAGUUUAUUAUUGCUUGGGCCUCAUUGAGUGUAAACAAAUAGCCGCAGACAGAAGUGGCGUCGUGAAGAUGGAGAACGUGCGCUUUUCGAUUAUUGAGAACGACCUGAAGUGGAACUCGGAAAGUGACCAGGCGGCGGACGUGGACCUGCUUCUGGAUAGGCGGAGCAUCUCUAGCGAGGCCAACAGUGCUGGUGUCUUCAGCGACGAGGCGCACGAGAUCUUCGCGCGCCAACAGCAGAAUCAAGUCCUCUGGGAUUUCGAGGAGAUUGAGGAAACUCUGACCGCGGCUCCGGGCGGCCAGCAAGUCCUGGAAAUGGUACGAUCUGGCUGCUUUCUGGAGCUAAUCACCGACUCUGCCGAUUGCAACCUGGCCCUGAUAUGCUGCUCGGCUUUUGGGAGUAUGGAAAAUAUAAGUUUUCUGCUAAAGCACUAUAAUGUGGACCCCAACGUGGCGGAUAGCCGGGGACGAACACCACUGCACUUUGCCUGUUGCCGCGCCAACGCCCUUAUAGCCAAAGUUUUGCUCGACUACGGCGCCGACCCGAAUCGCUGGGAUGCCAAAAAGGAGGUGACGUCGCUCCACUGCGCGGCCAGCUCCAAGAGUGUGGAGUGCAUCCUCCUGCUUCUGCGGCGAAAGGCAAACAUUAACAUCGGCAUUGAGAAGCGUUCCGCCCUGCAUUACGCCAUCGACGUCAACGCGGUGGACUGCGUUGAGAUCCUGCUAAAGUACGGAGCCGACCCGAAUACCCCGCAGGUCUACACGGAGACGCCACUCCACACCGCAAGCUCAGCGGGAUUUGCCAAAUGUGUCCAGCUGCUCCUUAGCCACAACGCCGACGUGCGAUCUCAGUUCGGCGAGGGAAAGGUCACGGCUUUACACUUGGCUGCAGAGAACGACUACGUGGAAUGUGCUCGUCUGCUCCUGGAACAUGGGGCUGAGGUGGAUUGCCGGAACGCCAGUCACCAGACGCCCUUGCACCUGGCCUGCCUUUCGCAGUCGAUCGGAACCGUGGACCUCCUCAUAUCGUAUGGAGCCGAUGUGAACGCCGUCUAUCGUGACGGCAGAACGGCACUGCAUGCGGCCAUCGUAAAGCAGUCGAGAUGCCUGGACUGCUGCAAUGCCCUGCUGAAGGCGGGAGCGGAUGUAAACAAGGCAGAUAACUAUGGGUAUACUCCGCUUCACAUUGCAGCCCUUAAUGAAUUUAGCAGCUGUGUGUACACGUUCAUAGAACAUGGGGCAGAUAUCACCGCCAGGACCGAUGGACGUGUCUCAGCCCUAUCAUUUAUAGUUCGACGGACACCAGAGAUAAUACCCAAGCUUAUGCAAAAGCUGGACAGUUCGAUAAAGGCAAACGACCAGGAAAUCGGCGACGUUGACUGUCAGAUAAAGCUAGACUUUAAGCUCCUGGUACCCAGUUCAUCAAUGGAGCGUGGCGAAACGGAGCUGCUACUCUCCCUUAUAGAAGUGGGACAGAAGCGCAUCCUCAUGCAUCCGCUUUGCGAGACUUUCCUCUUUCUGAAGUGGCGCCGCAUCCGUAAGUUCUUUCUCAUGAGCCUGGCUUACCACACGCUCUUUGUGCUACUCUUCACUUUAUACGUGAUACGGGUAUACGUCCGAUGCUGUAAGGAGGGGGAGUUGUGCAUGACUCCGGGCUACGUUUGCACCAUUGGAUACCUGGUUAUUAUUCUAAACCUCAUUCUGCUGGGCAAGGAGGUGUUCCAAAUGGCCCACGGCCUGCGCGGCUAUGCAAAGUACUGGGAGAACUGGCUGCAAUGGACCAUCGUCUGCGGAGUGCUGUUAUGUGUGUCCCCAGAGACUGUCCGGACUAACGAUUUGACAGCGGUACCGGUUUGGCAGCAUCACGUGGCAGCUGUAGUGAUUUUGCUGGUCUGGCUGGAGCUCAUGAUGUUGGUGGGGCGAUUCCCCAUAUUUGGAGUAUACGUUCAAAUGUUCACAAAAGUUGCCGUGAACUUCGCGAAGUUCUUGCUGGCCUACAUAUGCCUAUUGGUGGCUUUUGGUCUCAGCUUUGCCGUGCUGUUCAACGAUUAUCCCGCAUUUGAGAACAUUACGUGGACUUUCUUAAAGUCCAUCACCAUGAUGUCCGGCGAGCUGGAAUUUGAGGACAUAUUUUAUGGAGACUACGCCGUCAAGUUUCCGGUCACCGCUCACAUCAUAUUUCUGUCCUUCGUGCUGCUCGUUACAGUGAUCCUAACUAAUCUGAUGGUCGGAUUGGCCGUCAGCGACAUCCAAGGCCUGCAAGUAAGCGCCACCCUAGAUCGACUGGUUCGCCAAGCGGAGCUGGUGUCGCGACUCGAGAGCCUCUUCUUCUCGCGGCUGCUGCGCAGUGCCCCCACCAACCUGAUUCAACUGUGUAAACGGAGUGCUCUUCUGCGCACUUCCCGGGACAAACUACAGUUUACAAUCCGGCCCAACGACCCCCGCGACAAUCAGCUACCUGAGGACAUCAAGUUAAACGUCUAUAAACUGGUGGCCGAACGGCGCGACAGGAACCAAAGUCUCCGACGGCGCCAGUUCGAGAACAACUACAACUUUUUCAGCAGGAGCUUGCAGCGUCAGCAGGACCCGCUACAGAGGGAUUCCCUCCAGCCAGAACCUGCCGUGAAGACCCCGAAAAAGACGCCGCAGAAUAUCUUCCACAUGCACGAGCUUCUGCGUCCCCGAUCCGCCACGAAUGUGCCUCAACAGUUGCGCCAGGAGCAGGAGGGAACGGUCCAGCUAAAGAACCAGGCGAAUGUCCUAAGCGCCAUGCAAGCCGAGGUGCAGGCCAUCAAGACGGAGUUGGGUGAACUGAUGGCCAAAUUUGAGCGCUUUUCGGAGAACGCAACUCGCAAGCUAAACUACAGUGCCGACGAAUUGUGCCGCAUGCGACAACAGGGUCAGUCGGUGGCCUCAAGUCAUAACCGUCACCAUCGCUAAAUCCUGUUCCGAGUUAGUUUUAUUCCUAUUAACAAUUAAAACACAUAAUCAGAAAGGAAUCGCAAUCGAAUGCUGGAAUGUUUAGCGAGU